AAAACUCAAACAGUCAUGUUGUCCAACGUCCGCGUGGCGCUAGUGACCGGGGCCAACAAGGGCAUUGGCUUCGCCAUCGUGCGUGACCUGUGCCGGAAGUUCUCCGGGGACGUAGUGCUCACAGCACGGGACGAGGCGCGGGGCCGGGCAGCCGUGCAGCAGCUCCAGGCCGAGGGCCUGAGUCCACGUUUCCACCUGCUGGACAUCGAUGAUCUUCAGAGCAUCCGUGCACUGCGCGACUUCCUCCUUAAGGAGUACGGGGGCCUGGACGUGCUGGUCAACAAUGCAGGCAUCGCCUUUAGAGGCCAGAAUCACAUACCCUUACCUAUUAAAGCAGAAGUGACAAUGAAAACAAACUUCUUUGGUACCCGAGACGUGUGCACAGAACUGCUGCCUCUAGUAAAACCCCAAGAUGGAGUCUCAAAGAUGGGUCUCACCGUCCUGUCCAGAAUCCAUGCCAGGAAACUGAGUGAGCAGAGGAGGGGAGACAGGAUCUUCCUGAACGCCUGCUGCCCUGGGUGGGUGAAAACAGACAUGGGUGGACCUACAGCCAUUAAAAGUCUAGAAGAAGGAGCAGAGACCCCCGUCUACUUGGCCCUUUUGCCCUCAGAUGAGAAGGGGCCUCAUGGGGAGUUUGUUAUGGAGAAGAAAGUUGAAAAAUGGGGGCCCCACUCUCAGCUCCCUUCGUGGCUCCUAUCACUGAUACUGCCAUGAUUUGACCAAACAGAUUAAUCUCUUUAUAGGGAAGAAAGAAGGAAAGAAUGAAAGAACAAAACAACAGAAGAAAGAAAGAAAGAAAGAAAGAAAGAAAGAA